AUGGCUACAAGAAAAUUAUUCACCAAGUUAGGCAAUCCAUUAAUUAAUAUUUAUCGCGAUUAUGAAGAUGUAUUUACAGGAAUAGCCAAAAGUUGCUAUAGAAAACCUAGUAGACCGAUAUUUUUAGGUAUAUUUGCCGGUGUUUUUGGUUAUAUUUGGCACCAAAAUCCUGAUGAAAAGUCCUUCGAUGCAGAAUUACAGCAAUGUGGCAAUGCUUUAUCCUUGUUAAGCCGUUUAACACGCAAUCCUUCAUCGGAUGCUCACAUCGAUCGAUUAUUAUAUUUGCAGAAUGAAAAUUUAUUAACUUAUGUUAGUUUGGGUUUAUUCUCGUUAGUUAUACGGCAGGACGCUAACGAAAUUUGUAAAAAUUAUGAAUAUACUUGUCAUAAUCUUCAAUCAGGUUUUUGGACAUACUACGAUAAAAUCGAAGAUAUCGGCUUCCUCCAAAAAUGGUUAAUCUUAGAUAGGAAAAUGAUUGAUUACGAUGUUAAUCCUCUAGUAGACUGA